GCUGCGGCUCCUGUUGCUGGUAAGAAAAAAACUGGUAAAAGGUUAGCCAGCUAAAUACAGCUAAUUUAUUCAUUGAUUCGCGUCUCUCAAGAGGAGCGGAACUGUUCAAGCCCCUGAGGACUGUGGGUACUGAGGGCAGCAGCCAUGUCCGGCUCCUACGAUGACUCCAUGGUCGACGUCUCCAGUGACAGCUUCUGGGAGGUGGGGAACUACAAGCGAACAGUGAGGCGGGUGGACGAUGGCAGUCGCCUGUGUAACGACCUGAUGAACUGUCUCCAUGAGCGGGCACGCAUCGAGAAGUCCUACGCACAGCAGCUCACAGAGUGGUCCAAACGCUGGAGACAGCUUAUAGAGAAAGGCCCUCAGUACGGGACCCUGGAGCGGGCGUGGGGUGCCCUGUGCACGGAGGCGGAGAAGGUGAGCGAGCUCCACAUGGAGGUGAAGGCGGCGCUGAUGGGGGAGGACUUUGAGAAGCUCAAGGUGUGGCAGAGAGACUACUACCACAAACAGAUGAUCGGAGGCUUCAAAGAGACCAAGGAGGCUGACGACGGCUUCCGCAAGGCCCAGAAACCCUGGGCCAAGAAACUGAAAGAGAUGGAGACGAUGAAGAAGGCGUACCAUGGGGCCUGUAAGGAAGAGAAGCUGGCCACCAGCCGGGAGAACAACAGCAAGCUGGAGAACAACAGCAACUCUGAGGCCCAGAAGAAAAUGCAGGACAAGGUGGAGAAGUGCCAGCAGGAGAUGGAGAAGACUAAGGAGCGCUAUGAGAAGUCUCUGGAGGAGCUGGACAAGGUGACUCCCCAGUACAUGGAGAACAUGGAGCAGGUGUUUGAACAAUGGCAGCAGUUUGAGGACAAACGCAUCACCUUCUUCAAAGCACUUCUGCUGGAAGUCAAGCAUCACCUCGACCUCUCCACUAAUCACAAAUUUCAGACAGUCUACCACACGUUGGAGGACACUAUCUCUGCUGCUGAUGCUGAGGAGGACCUCAAGUGGUUCCGCUCCAACCACGGUCCUGGCAUGCCCAUGAACUGGCCCCAGUUUGAGGACUGGUCCAUAGAUUUGAACCGUACACUGAGUCGGCGAGAGACUAAGAAGAAGCCCUCCGAGGGAGUCACCCUGACGGGCAUCAGCCAAAUGGAAGAGCAGCAGGCAGCCAAGAGCAGCAGCAGCCUGACUGUGCCCACUAGCACAGAGCCGGUGGGUUCGAACCCCUUCGAGGAUGACGACGACGAGGAUCUCCAGGGGACCGUGAAGGAACAGCCCACUAUCGUCAACAACAACAGCAGUCCGCUCAAUGUCAAAAAAGUGGAGGAAGUGAAAACCGCCAGCAGUGUGGAGAAGUCGCAAGAGUGGUCGGAUGAGGAGACUGGGGUGAACCCGUUUUCCAUUGAGGACGCCAACGGCGAUGGGAACCCGUUUGAGGUGGAGCCGGCGUCCUCGGGGGUGUCUGUGGCUGUGCGUGCCCUCUACGACUACGAAGGACAGGAGCAGGAUGAACUCAGCUUCAAAGCAGGCGAGGAGUUCACCAAGAUAGGAAACGAGGACGACCAGGGCUGGUGCAGAGGGCGCCUGAAAGACAGCGUGGUGGGUCUCUACCCCGCCAAUUACGUAGAAGACAUCCAGUAAUGACCGAGCGAGGGACAAGGAGGAAAACGAGACAGAGGAUGGGGUGAAGUGGAGGAGAUGGGGCAGGAGGGUGGGCAGGGCAGGCCUCGCAUUCGCCCCUCUCCCCCUACGUGGUAGAGGCUGGCCGCAGUGUGAGUGAGUGAAAGGGGUGGCAGAAGGAAGGGGUUUGCCCAUCGAAGAGGAUGAUGUUGUUGCUCUCUCUUGUAUCUUCCUGGAUCCCAUGUCGUUAAGCACAAAUCUUUCUACAACUAUGGCCUGCUCUCGUUGUCAGCCUUUAUGAUGGGACACCCAGUACAGAGUCUAAAGCCAGCUACAAAAGCAAAUGUUACUUAAAGCCAUUACUGUUACAGAAAAUAAAUAUAAAAAGCUAUUUGAAACAUGUAACCUUCCAAUUGUAGCUUGAAGUUAUGAAGACGUUGAAAGAAUAAACUGAUUUUAAAAGAUGUGAACAGACAUGGGAGAGGAUAUACAUGUGUCCCAUUCACGAGGUCUAGCACAUUUUAGAUUUGAUUUGAAACUGAUUGGAGACCUAAAAGUAAUCUCAGUUGAAUUUUUAAAAUCAUUUUUGUCAUAGACAGUUGGUGAUAAAUAUUUUUUGUUCUAUAGAUCUGAUUCUAUUGCAACACCAAUUUGGAGUCCAGGAUCCGAUUUGGAAGUCUUAUGUUGAAAUAAGGGGAAUUUGUAAUUGCAUGUUAUUUCUUGCGCUGUUUUGAGCGUCCUUCACCCAAUCCUUUUGACAGUAAUCAAGGUUUUUUUUUUUUUUCACAUGAAAGCCAUUUGUCGGAAAUAUCAGAACCUACAACCCCGUUUUCUUAUUUGACUUAACAAAUCUUUUGAGAAAAGGGCUUGGAAUUCAUGGCAGUGCCGGUUCAGAACAAUUGUCUUUCUUAUCUGAUGCCUAUAGUUCAGAUUUGUCAAGUCUUGUUAUGCCUUUUUGUAUUUUAAAUCUGAUUUAUGUUUUGCUCAGCAAAUAGUUGAUGAAUGAGAGAAACCGAUAUCAUUAAUUAUAUCCAGUUCUUCCUCCGUCACCAACCAGCCUGGUCUCAGAGCAUUUCAUAUUAUUCUGUAAAUGCUCUGAUACCAUGUUGCGCCAACCCACAUUUUAACAAUAAGUGACGCACUCAGAAGUUUUCCUUUAACCUUUACCCCUCAACUUUAAUGGAUUGUAUAUUCUUUAAUGGUUUCAUUUUAUCGGCUCACCUAUUGAUUGUACACGUUUGCUGGUCAUUUUAGUAUCAGGGACAUUCACCAGGGCACAUAGGGCUCUGGCCAAACGUAGCACACUUUAUAGGGCAUAGGGUGCCAUUUGUGUCAGCCGCUAUUCAUUCAAUUGACUUCACUUUUUGUUGGUUGAUUUUUACAUCAUGUGGA